AUGCUCCCACGAGUCAGGCGGCCCUUCAGGCAGAAGCACCUCGAGCGGAGCUUCCGUGUGGACACAGCCCAGCUGCAGCAUCGCUUCCGGAGCUUGCAGCGCUUGCUGCACCCCGACUUCUUCAGGCAGCGGCCCCAGGUGGAGCAGGACUUCUCGGAGCAGCACUCCGCCCUGGUCAACGAAGCCUACCGGACGCUGCUGAGCCCCCUCCGCCGGGGCCUCUACCUGCUGGAGUUGAGCGGCAUAGAGCUGGAGAAGGGGACGGACAGCGAGGCGGAGCCUGAGUUCCUGGCAGAAGUCAUGGAAAUGAACGAGAAGCUCCUGGACGCAGAUAGUGGCGCUAAAACAGACGAGAUGGAAAGCUUCAUUGCAGCUAAACAGGGGGAGCUGACUGAGAGCGUGAGCAGAGCCUUUGACCGAGGUGAUCUUCAGGAAGCCAAAAAACUUCUAGCCAAAAUGAAAUAUUUUGCCAACCUAGAAGAAAAGGUGAAGGAGAAGAAGAUCCCUUCCUGA